AUGUCAAAGAUAGAGCGUGAGUUAGAUACUGCCCCAUCGAUAUUUGAACUAUUUAAUUCAGCUAAAAAAUUGCUUUCGUUGCAAACUAGAGUUGAGAACAGACAGUUACGCAAGGAUAGUUAUAACGUACAGAAAAACCAAAUAAUGUCUGGCCGUAACGACCACAACAAUAAUGAGAACAAGUAUCUUGACUUGUUGUCGCCGUUAUCGAUAGAUGACUUGAAGAACAGCCCUCAAUACGGACAAAAACAGGUCCGAACCAAUGAAAACCGAAAUGGCAGUAUCACUGGAUCCGAAGGAAGAAGAGGAAACGGUAAUAUGCAGAGUGAUAUUACACCAUCUAGUAUUAGUGAUUCGCCAUAUAAUGGGCAUACAGACGUGAAAGCUACACCCUGGUCGAAUAAUAAGGGUCCUACUACCAUUAAAAAGGAACCAACCAUGUCGGUUUCUAAUGUUCAAAUUUCGUCUUCAACUUUACCGUUGGAAUCUAAUUCAGAGAAUACCAAUGACCCUAUGAAUAAAUUGCCGAUGCAAAAGCCGAUGCCCAAAUCAAACCUUACAUCCUCCUUAUCACAACAAAAGCAAGAAGAAAAGUUCAGACCUCUAGUCAAUGCAAGUUCUGGCAAGGAUGAUAUAAAAGUAACUGAAUGUUCUAACUGCCAUGCAUUGAAAACCCCAUUAUGGAGGAAAGAUCCACAAGGUAACACUUUGUGUAAUGCGUGUGGGUUGUUUCUCAAGUUACACGGGACGACAAGGCCAUUAAGUUUAAAGACAGAUGUUAUCAAGAAGAGGAGUUCCAGAAGAUCUCCAGCUACAAAUAAAGGUAUGACCCCAAAUUCUACAUAUUCUAAUAGCUUGUCAAGGCAAAAUAUAACUCAAGAUCAAUUAUCGGGCAAUAGAAACAUCAAGAAUGGGUUUAAUAUACCGAUUAAUUCACAACAGAACAAUGGUUCCACAUCUGCAAAUUCUACUCCUUCAUCAGCAAACAACGGCAUCUUAUCGACUUCGGGUGGGAUUCCGAUUGGUAGCAGCGGCUCUCGUUAUAAGAACAUAUUAAUAUUACCAAAGCCAUCAUUAGCACCAAACACCCCAAACACGCCUAACACUUCAUCGAACCAAACCAGUUUGGGUGCUAAAUCGAUUCCAACGCCCAACAGCACAUUCUUGAAUAAUGAUAAUUUGAAUAGCCCUGCAUCACCAAUUAUACACAACUCAUUUAGUGGUCUGUUUAACAACAAUAACAACAACAAUAACAACAACAAUAACAACAACAAUAAUAAUAACCAAGCACAGUCAUUUAAGAGGAAAAAGGCUGAAAAUGGUAAUGAACAAUUUUCAGCAAAUAGUGAAUCUUUAUCUAAAAAGACACCCUCGCAAGUGCCCCAAUCGAAUCAAACAAUCAAACGGAACCCUUCCGUUUCAUCUUCGUUUCAAUCAUCUUCAUUCAAUAAACGGACCUCAUUUACGAGUUUGUCGUCACUUCAAAGAAAAAAUUCAUCUAUUGGAUUAAGCAAUUCUUUGAGUAACAUUAAUAUCAACGGUAACCAAAAUCAAAUCCAGAACCAGAACGACAGUCCUGCCCAAAAUUUUAAUUCUUCUAGUUUCACAGGCUCGAAUUCUUUAACGCCUUCUAAUAUCAACAUUUUAAAUCUGCGUUUCAACCAGUACAACAACGGGGGUUAUUUUGACAAUUCGUCGUUUCCUCACAGAAACAGUAACUCCGGGCUCGCUGAAACACCUGGGUCUGUUGCGUCACAAUCUUCUUUCUCCAGCACCCAUUUGCACUCUAAUCGUCAAUCAUUCACUGUGCCGUCAGAAUUUGCCAACUUCACUACCGUGAAAACUCCCACCGAGUUUGUGCCUGAGUCCUUGCCGUCUACAACCAUUCCAGAAAAUGAUGACAUGGAUACAGACGACUUUUUCAAAAACUAUACUGAGUUGCAUAAUAAUGAUAAUGAAGUUUAUGAUUUUGACAUAAACAACGAAAAGAUGGGUAGUCGAUACGAAAUCAAACCUGCAGCAUUCAUCAAGUCAUCAUUGACUGAUGGGUUGAAAAAGCAACCCCAAUCUGAUCGCCAAUCUCCUAUUCUUUCGCAACCUGAUCAUCAGGCCAACGUGGCUAAAGACUUGGAUUGGUUAAAGUUUGAUCUUUAG